AUGUCUAGUGUAAUUAACAAGGUUAAGGAAGCCGUCACUGGCCACCACUCUUCUUCCACUAGUAACAACACCAGUCAGAACAGCGCCCCCGAGGGUACCAACGGGCCCCACGGCAACCGAGCAGCCAACGCCGCAGACCCAAGAGUCGACAGUGAUCGUGACAACCGUGCCGCGCCCAACUCUACCGUUGGUGGCUCUAACGCAUACACCUCUGGAGACAACUACAGUCAUGGCAGCACUGGCACCACCACAACCGGUGCUCACCGAGAAGGUGUUUCUGGACCUCACAACUCUCGUGUAGCUAAUGCUGCCGACCCACGAAUUGACUCAGACCGAGACGGCCGCUUUGCGGGCAACACCGCCGGCGACUAUGGUGGCAGCGGCCGAGAAGGAGUCACUGGACCCCACAAUUCUCGACUAGCCAACACUGCUGAUCCUCGUGUCGAUUCGGACCGAGACGGUUCUCGCACUGCUGGUAACACAUACGGAAGCUCUGGCACUGCCGGAACUACUGGCGCAGGGUAUACUCCUUCCGGCACCACGGGUAACACCCUUGGUAGCACUGGCACCGGUGCUGGCGCUGGAUACGGCUCUACUACCGGCACUCACGGUUACGAUUCUACUACCGGUACAACCGGCACCACGGGUAACUACGGACAAGGUGCUGGUAACCAUGGUGCAGGCGGUAAUCAUUCUUCUACCGCUCACUCUGCCCACUCUGGUCCAGGUCCUGCCCCCGACACCGCUGGCCCCCACAGCAGCAACAUUGCCAACAAGCUUGACCCCAGAGUCGAUAGCGACCUCGACCACUCUCGAACCGUCGGCGGCAACAAGACUUACCAGUCGUAA